ACGCACACUGAUCGGUUUCACGAUAAUUUUUUGACUUUUUUCUUUCUUUUCGUUUCUUCUGGGGAGGCGAUUUGGUGUUGCUUUGCUUCUCUGGUGCAUUACUCUCUUUCUUUCCCCCUGCGGGAUUGGGAAGGCUGUUCGGUGGAAGGUUUGGGGUUUGCUCGCAAAACUAGGCUGCAAUCUCUCCAAAAUGGAUUUGCGGGCCCGGCCAAAGAGGAACGACAUGCUGUUCGAUAUCAUUGGGAAUCUGCCAGAGGAUCUUGUCGCUGAGGUUUUGUCAUAUCUUCCCGAUAUGUCGGAUAUGCGUCGACUGAUUCAUUGGCAAACGGUAUGUCUUUUGCCUACGCAUAUUCAUCGUCCUGUUUCUAGUUUACGCCCUUCUGGUUUUGCUCGUGAAGUGCAAUAUUGAUGACAAACAAAGGUUUCCAAAACAUGGAGGAGAAUACUGCACUCCCCAAUGACAAAAGUCUAUCACCAACUCCUCCUUCACAACAUCCACCUACGGGCACUCCUGCCGCCACCGCACUACUACGGGAGUGGUCAUUCAUUCUACUCCUAUGCCGUCUUCCGCAGAGCCCUGCGGGCGGACCUGGCCAUCCGUAAGGGCAAUUUCCGCUCCGCAACGCCGCAGAUGUAUGACGCUUGCAGGGGUUACGUCAAGGAGGAGAGCUACGGAGCUGUAGACGGGGGCCCAUUCUUCUCGGAUGGGUUUCUGGUCUGGUUGGAGAGGAGCUCGAAUCUCAUGACGGGCGGGAAGACGAUCCGCGUGCGGUAUCUGGAUUUUUCGAAUGUCAAUAAGACCUCGGCGAAGCAGCAGCCCGUUUCCAAGUCCAUAUUCGUCACGCAGUUCGAGAGGCCCGGCGAGUCGGAGACGCAGCUCGGAACUGUAUUCAAGAAUACUUCGAAUCAUUGGAUUGCGAUGGGAUACGGGUCUGGGAUUGUUGCCUUUUGGUCUUUCAUGGAGUAAGUUCCCUCGGGGGGUUUCCCGCCCAUUUGGAUUUUGUGGGCGGUGGGUUGUUAACUUGGGGGGAUAGCAAGUAUAUUACUGUGAUGGGUCUACAUGAGUCGAAUAAAAUCCUUUGGAAACUACCGCUAUCAGCCCUUCUGCCUCCGCCGGAUGGUGGGAAUUUAUACAUCCGGGAGAUUUUCUGUAGUAAGGACUACCUUAUUAUCAGUAUCUCGCGAUCGGCUACCCUGCAGGUGUUUUCCAUGUCGAGCCGGAAACGAAUUCACUUGAUCAACCUUCGGGAAGGGUAUCACAAUAAGGAAACGACGGACUUCUACUAUGAUACCGUUGCUAGUGGGAAUGCCGAAUACGCUGCCGGGAUUGGGGAUAAUAGGUACUUUAUGUAUGCUAACACCGGGCCGACCACCUUCUAUCAUAAUAUUAUCCCAAGCUAUCGCGAGACGCCUUCAGAGUUCUGCUUCUACUGCUGGGACUUAAAGCCGCAAUCUCCUGAUGCAGAAAGCCGCUAUUCCUGGAACGACCAGCCAGAAUCCCUUGAGGCGGAGGAACUUUUGUCGAAUAUCCCGGAGCCCCAAUUCAACAUUCCAAUCGACCCAUUGGCAUCUAAUCAAAGCAUCUCAUCCGCCGACGCUCCAAAACCGCCAAGAUAUAACCCACCACUAACCUUCCUUCGUCCAAUGAGCCGGCGCUCCAUCAAUCUCUCCUGGCAGAACCCUAUCCGUUUCACCUCCCCCAAGAUAAAACUCAAUACCUCGACCCGCGAGCUCCUCUUUUACUGUCCACAACGCUGUCAUCCGCCACACAUCUACUUCCGUUUCUCAUACCCAGAUCCCCCAAAUCCAGACCCCCCAAAAGCCCUCCGCGCCGAAGAAGUGCCCUGGUGCGACUCCUGCAUGCACGACCCAUACCGUCAUACCGCGCGGGGGUACACACCUGCCCUCCGCCAGGAUGAUAGUCGGUUCGCGCGUCUAGAACUCGAGUACAACACAGAACUAAUCUUCAGUGACCAAUCCCGAUGGUACCGCUUCGCCCUCUCUCCCAUUUCCGUUCUCCGGGGCGGAAAAUCUCUUUGCGGAGCUAUAACCGGAAGGAAAGAGCACCGCUGCAGAUUACAAAUGCUAAAACCGAACCCACCGCCCCACUCUUUGGAUGAUGGGAGGAAGACGAGCGUUGGUGGUGGGAUACCAGGCGAGAUGAAGGCGCACUGGGAUGUGUCUAUGGGAAAGAAAGCACCGCGGGGGAGUGCGCAAAGGUACGCGAAUAGAGUUUGGGUGGGUGGUGGAUGGGAGGGUGUGGCGGUGCUUUUCAACGGGAAGUUUGCCGUGUGGAGGUGGGGCGAUUACGAAGCUGAGGAGGAGGAUGUGUUUAAGGAGGUGGCAGGCACGAGGAGGGUGUUUAGGAGGCGGCCGAGGAGGCAGAGCUGGCUACCGUGGAAGGCGUAAAUGUAGCUAUUUAUUUGCGCGGUGCCGAGCCCGGGGGAGCUUCGUCUUAUCACGUCUUUUCUUUUUUUUGUUUCAGUCGUGGAGUUCAGUAUGUUGUAGCAUCCGCCCGGAGUUGCUCGUCACAAGAUUUCACUGCCUGCCCCGUGUAUGUCCGGACAGAUCGAUAUUUAGUGCUGCAAA